AUGACUGGCGACAUCGACAAUCGAGUCACGGAGCAGGGGACCCUCCAGAUAACCUCUCCUCUUCCCGAGUUCAUUAUUCCCAAAUGUCGUAAACCAUCGCUGCUUUUCUACGAUCACUCAGCGGAGCAGGUUCUUACACCAGGCAACGCAUUGAGCGCACAAAACGGUGGAGGAGAGCCUCAAGGAUCAGCCCCCAGCAACGCCUCCUCUUCGACCAUCUCCCCGAGACAAUGCCACCUAGGACAGGAAUGCGUCCUCGAGCAACCACAAGACUUAAAGCCCGCUAUCAGGUCAGACAUCGCUUUCGGCGAUGGACAAGGCACAGUCGGCUUUAUUAGUGAGUUUGGAGAACUUAUCCAGGCGAGGCGCAUCCUGGAUUAUGGACCAUGGGGUUCGCUACAAGUCCGACCCGAAUCAGACCCUGCCGAUUUCGACCACAUCAUGGAAGGAUCGUGUCCAGGCAUCGGACUGCGCUUGAAUGACCGAUCGGUCGUUCCAGACGAAGACUUCCACCCUGUUUCAUACAUCCAUGACCGGUGGCCAAAGCUCUCAUAUAGCACGGAAGGUGUCGAAGUCGAAAUGAUGUUUGCCGUGGUGGAUAAGAAAAUUGUGCAUCAAUGCGUGCUCUCUAAUAGAGGCAACGCUGACAGCACGGUUGAUAUGGUAUUUGACAUGGGUUUUGCAAUGGGUGCGCCUGUAGAUUCUCGUCUACGCAGCGGCACCAAAUUUAAGGGAGGAACACUGACCUCAGGUAAUACCUGCAUCGUGCUCAGCGGUAACCCCGGUGGCUAUGGCGUUUUCGGUGCCUCUCUAUAUAUUGAUCAUGGACGUCCAGUACGCCUUGUACCCGUCGAAUUGAAAGAUCAGCCUGAGACUGGCAAUGAUCCAAAGCCUGAUUCAUCUCACGCGGGGAAAAAGGAAAGUAAGGAGAAAGAGCCAUCGAGGUUUCUUUUCCACCGCCUGCCAAUCAAGAUUGCACCGGGUGCGCAGCGAGAACUGACAGCUGUUUAUGAUUUUAAUUGUGGACGGUGGACAAGGGACCAGAUAUACGACCUGAAAAUUAUGCCGUCAAUAAGUGAUGAUUACUACACAUUACAACGCCUCCGAGAAAAUUCAUUCUUGACGGCAUACGAAGAAGCGAAGAGCAAGGACGACGUGGAGCAAGUCCGAAAGAUUUUGGAAGAUGGGGUGCCUCAACACGCAGCAGUUCCUGCACAGAAAGAUGCACAUGACGCUCCGUCGGAACCUGUCGAUACGAACGCACCAAAGCCUCCCGAGGAACAGCAACCUCUCGUGCCAGAAAGCGAGUCUCACGUCAAAACUCAGUUGCCUUUUCAGAACCACGGGGGCGAGAGCCUUGUCUCUCAUCAUCUGUUUGGCCUUGAAUGGGCAUCAAAAUGGUCAUUUCGGGACAGUUUGGGUGCCGAUACAUUUUGGGAUGUUAUGUGGGGGGAAAAAAUGAAAAAGCACAAGCAGGAGAUGAGAGAACUUGUAGGAAAAGAGUUCGAGAAGUUGAGAGAUGAUCCCAAGAUCCGCCCAGGUUGCGGGUAUGUCGAUGUCCAAGAACAUCUAAGUCGCUAUUGUCCUGGAAAAUGGAUCAAAGGUCUUCCCGACCAGCCGACCAAUUUCCUUUUCCGUCGAUACUUGCAAUACAUUUUAACAGUGGUGCCCAUCGGGGUGCAUUGGAAAAGAGACGGAGAUCCUGCUUAUUUCUUCUGUACCAGUGGACAAAAUGCUGUCACCACGGAUUAUGGCGCUGUUCUAUACCAGUUCCGCCUCCUCGGCUACAUACACCGGCUGCUUAUGAGUCAAGAAGGCAUUGUCGAUGACUCGUUAAAGAGCUCUUUACACUCAGAGAUUGAGAAACUUUGCAAAGGUCAUCUCGAAUGGUGUUUUGAAGUCGCUCAAAAGACGAAGAGUGGAUUGUGGACCACCGUCUACAAGCCUCUGGGUGCUAAGAUAACAACCGUGGAUGACCAUGUCCACAGCGCUACCAAUUUCCUGAAACUGUUUGAAUUCUAUGUGGAGUUCCCGGACAGUCGACCGUUUGUUCUUGCCACGCUUAAGAAACGACUUCUGCCUUGGCUCAAGGCACUUCAGGAGACCCGGAACAAAAACUCUGGCCUCUGGGAGUCAGUCAGAAAGACCAUUCAAGUGUCGUGGUGGGACUCCAACUAUCGGCAGGAUGAGGAAGUUUCAAUCCCAAACUACGACCUAUGUGAUUGCGUUGAGCAUUGGCAAACUCUUCAAACUGUCUUCAGCAUCAUCAACGAAAUGAAGGACAAUGGCAAUAUCCGACCGGAUACCGGCGACGCAGCUGCGUCGCCGUUGCUGCAGGCCGUGACAAAAGAGCUUCUCGACAGUUUGGAAACCAGCGGACUUAUGAAAGAGCUGGACCCCUCUGCUUUUCGAGAAAAGAUACUGGAGCGAUUCUCUUUUGAGAUCGAACGAUCCUCUGUUGAGACUUCUAUACAAUCUGCUGAACUCAGAAUUCAAGCGCCUGGUUCUGGUUCGCUGGUAGAAGAGAUGAAGGGCAACAAAAAAAGACUUCUUGCCAUCAAACGCUGCGCGAAGGAGCGGCCGAGAUGGAACUGGUAUGCAGAGGCCAUGGUACUGUGCCCCAAGUACGAUCUCGGUUUCUUUGAUUCCGAUCGUCCCUCACAGCGACUUGCCGAAUGGUCAGCGGCGGUUGAGGCACAACAAUUUCAGAUAGAGCAGUUUUGGAAGAAGCCUCUCCGAUACGCCCUUGCACUAAUUUUGGCAUUGGACAGCAAAAUAUCUCUCGAUAAAUCGAAAGACCCAGCGACAAUGGCUGUCACAUGUCAAACGACCUUGAUGGGAUGCGUCUUGAGCUGCGGGCUGAUGGCUGAAGAGAUGGACCCGAAGACCAAGAAGCCGCAAAGCAGACUCGACUACUUUCCAGAAGCUGUUUUUGGGGUGCCCUAUUGUUUAUUCAGGCUGACUUAUGAAAACUUGCUUGGAGCGUAUCCGAAGCAAAUUACCAAUCCGUCUGGUAAUACCAGAGUCGGCACCACGUUCGACGAGAAGCUCUGGAAAAAAUCCUACAAAGCCAUCCGCUCGAGGACGAAGGCCGGUUUGUAUAAUCUUGCCAGUGUUGACAGGGCUAAUGUGGUCGAUCUGACUGAGGUAUGCGAACCGGAAUGGUUGUUCGAUGACCCAUGGUAUUUCACGCAAGAGGAUCUUCUGCCGGACAGACCCAAGGGUGAACGUGGCCCUUUAAAAUACACCAAGGAUGCCGUGCAAUCGGGGUUGAAAGUUCUACUGGACUUCGACCGUGAUGAAGGGAGCUUCCCUUACGCCGUGUUCAACGAAGCCAUUCUACUAUACAGCCGUGAUCACAACGAAUUUUUGGCAGAGGCUGACGAAGAGCGGCCAGGAAGUAUCGUGGAUGUCAUCAGGACCGGCAAGCGCCAGUCACAGAUUCUAGAGGACAUCCCUAAUGCCUGGGAGCUCAUGGAGCACGUAUGGAAGAAGAGGACCAAGAACGAUGUGAAGAAGAGACUGAUAUACGUGUACAAUUGUGGACCAAGGUUCUCGGUAGCGCUCUAUCUCUCUGUCCCUGACAAAGAAAGAUACUCGAUGGCAACUUUUCUGUCUCGCCACCAGACCCGAGACGUGUUUCUUCGCGAAGAUACGCACAAAACCAUCAACUCUUGGACUACUGAACUGCACCUUGGGUUCUACCGAGUCAUUUCGAACUUGUCGGCUCCUGCUGGCGAUGAUGAUUCCGAUGAUGACCAAAUUCCUCCCAGCCUGACUAUAUUCUCGGGAAGGCCAUUUCAGCUUCCGGGUGACGCGACCAAACUCAUCGAGAAAUGCGCCAUCGGAUUCCGGUUUGAUGGCGACCUUUACGACCGAUAUUGGACUUGUUAUGUUGCCGUGUAUUUGCCGCAAUGUGACACCCAGGAUCGAUGGUUUGCUGAUGUGGAUUCCUUCAAGUUGAUGAGGCCUACUGGGGAAGGCAACAAGGACACCGAACACAGCCAACGGAAGAUUUUGGAAGCCCGGUGGUUUGAGAGAGCAACCCGUAUCAUCUGUGAAGAGACGCGAAACAUUUUGAGAGUCAUUUCCGGGAUCCUUGGUGAAGAUCGCAAUGGGCGGUAUACUGCCACUUCCUACGACACCUUCCGAGCGAACUUCGAGACCAACAAAACCACCUACGCCCAAUAUGGAGAGAUGGUCAAGUUUCUCCGCCACGUUCUUGAUAACCUUGAAGCAAUCCGAAAUGUCGCCGACAAAUGGGAAAACCGAGCGACCACACGCGAAGUUCAGCCUCGUUGGACUCGUGACGACGAAGCUGCUUACGCCCAGGAGAUCUCCAUCUGGUGUCGGCGAGCCCAGGCCAAUGUCCACAACAUGGCUCAUUUAGAAAACCAAAUCCAAGCGAAACUGGACCACAUCAAACAACUUCGAGAGUGGCUCCUCGACGACUUGCAACUCAAAGAGGCCCGAGUGUCCAACCGAUCGGCGGAUGAUGUGCGGAUUUUCACCUACGCCACCGUCGUGUUCUUGCCUCUCAGUUUCGCAUCGAGCAUCUUCAGCAUGGGCGGAGCGCCCUCGCACAGUACCGCAGUCUCAUUUGUGACGGCGGCUGUCAUCGCGCUGGUUGCCACCAUUGCGUUUGUUCUCAACGCUGGGACGGUCAUGCGGGCGAUCACGCAGUGGAAGAUAUUGGUUUUCGAUCUGCCGGACGAGGCCGGCUUCACCGAACACUCGGAAAGCCAAUGGCGCAAAGUUGGACUCAAGUUUAUUGACUGGUUUGUGCGCUAUCCCGCGGGCCGUGUCCUCGUGGCUUGGAAAGUGGUCAGGAGAAAAGAUCGCAAAGCUGUCGCGGGCAAGCUCCUGCUGGGCAUCCUUCUGUUUCCCCUCUUCGCUUUCACCUGGAUCUUCGGCUUCCUGGGACUCAACCUGUACGACCUGAUUAUGCUGCUGUGCCUCGACCUGCCUCAGUAUCCAGGGAAGCGGCGGAAGCAUCGUGAUCAACUCAAAACCGCAGAAUCCGUCGUGCAGCCAGCUGACCCUCAGAAGGCCACCAGAGAAAAAGAGAAAGGGGGCAAGUCCUCGGCAGAGGCCUCCAAGGAGAAAGAAGCCCGCAGACGGGGAGCGGAGAAGGCCAGGGAGAAGUGGCGACAGGAAAGGCUCAAGCACUUUAUGCACAAGCCACGCAUCAGGGACAUCACGGUGCAUUUGAGCGAGGGCAAGACACUGCACGAAGUCCGGGAAGCACACAAGCAAGAUGUUGAGAAGAGGCAGACGGAGCUGAAAGAGCGCAGGCAAAAGUACCACCAUGUGAUUGAGAGUAUCUCGGAUUUCAGCGAAAGCACCGACGAGGACAAAAAGCCUCGCCAGUCCCCGCGGCGCAAGGCCCUGGCGCGCAUGUUCCGGAGGAAACGGCAAGAGACCGACGUCGAGGCCGUGAAGGAUCAGAAUGAACAGGUUCAACAGAAUGGUGCGCCGAAGGAGUAG